UCCCCUGCACAUGACCAACAUGAUUUCAGAGAUAAGGAGGAAUUUCACGUGUUAGUACAUAUGGUCUGUAUACUAAUGAUUUAUGUAAGAACCAAAGAGUAUAUAUUAGUCCAAUACCAGAAAUGGGAAGGUCACUGUAUAUCGUAAUUGCAGAGAGCAAGAAGUUCAAAAUGAUCAGAAACAUAAUUUGUGUAUGCCUUUUUGCUGUGAAUUUAACAUCGGCUUUUCUCAUUGAUACUUUUCUUGGAUCCGCCGUCCAACCUGUACCAGCGCUUGAUGUUCAAAAAUAUUUAGGAAGAUGGUUCCAGAUGUAUGGUAGUCAGUCUAUUUAUGCUACUUUUGAACGAGGUGCAUACUGCGUCACUGCUGAUUACACACUGACAAACGAUGGAUCGGGUCAUAUCACGGUCUUGAAUUCUGAGCGCCUCAACUCUGCCACUGGACCGCUGAAGGUAAUUCACGGAUAUGCUACUCCUAGUGGCACCCCUGGGAAACUUUCAGUUCAUUUGGAGACUGUUAUAUUUGACGCCCCUUAUUGGGUGAUCAAGCUUGGGCCAGCUACAUAUGGAAGUGAAAAUAAAUACCAAUACGCUGUAGUCAGCGACAACGUCAAGGCCACACUCUUCGUCCUCGCCCGUGACCCGGAAGUGUUUAAAAGAGACUAUGAGGCUGAAGUUCUUCAAUUUUUAAAGGAGAAGGGUUUUACAACGAUAGUUAACAAACCAGUAAAAACUUACCAUGAAAGUGAUUGUACAUAUAAUGAUCAACACCAAUAGAUAAUUAAGUGCUAUAAAAGAACUUAUCAUGAAAGUGACUGUACACACAAUGAUCAAUUUAACACAAUUAGAUAAGUGCUAUAUACAUAUAUGCAUGUAUAUUACAAAAAAUGAAUAAAUAAACACUUACGAAUAAGGAGUUUACAGCAGUUUAUUCAUUUUAUGUAUACAGAAU